AUGUUGCUCAUUCAACAUGAAUUCAUAAGCCCUUUGGCCCUACAGAAACACAAUGUCGCCAUACAUGUGCGAACAUGGCAAACAAUUGAAUUUUGCAUGAGUACGGAAAUUAGAACAUUGUCAAAACACAAAUCCGACUUUGGGAUACGUUUUAGUUCUCCUGAUGAGACGGAUUUGUGGGAAGGCCCAGUGAAACAAGUGACAGAGGUGGUUUGGGAUGAAAAUAUCGCUUCUUCACAGAAACCGUUUUUCAAAAUUCCAAAAUUUGUCUCCGCUGAAAUAGAAGAGGGGAUUCUACACAAACCUGAUCAAUGA